CUUACACAGAGCAUGAUGAGCGAUCAUCCCAGUAAAGAUAUAUUCCAGUGGUGAAGAUCUGAACGGAAGCCAUGACUACGACCUUAUUUUCUCCAAAUUCAAGUAUAAUUAGCGCUCCUAGUUGUGGAGCGCAAUGUUUGUUAUCCCAGCACACAACGUUGUUGGUUGUUCCACAACAAAAGAUAUUUCUGGGGACUACGAUUCGGAACCGUCAAGCGUUUGGGAAGGAGGAAUCGUCGAAUAGAAUUGUGGUGGUGGGUGGGACGCAAGGCUCUGCAGAUUCGAGCAAGUCAGAAGAGACAAUCCCUUCGUGGGCCAAACCAGAUUCAGAUGAACCCCCACCUUGGGCUGGGGACGAGGCCAACAACAAUGCUUCCCAACAAGGAUUAGCCAUCCCUUUCCAUGUCUAUUUACUGGCGUCUGCUAUUACCGCCAUUGCCGCUAUUGGUUCCAUAUUCGAGUACGUGAACCAAAGGCCAGUUUUUGGAGUUUUGACAUCCGACAGUGUAUUUUAUGCUCCCCUGCUUGGAUUCUUUACCUUCACUGGCAUUCCCUUCUCGGGAUAUUUGUGGUUCAAGUCCGUUCAAGCUGCUAACAAAGAAGCUGAGGAACAAGACAGGAGGGAUGGCUACUGAUAGGGAUAAGGGUCUCAUGAUCUAAACAUUUCAUAUCUAUGCUGCCAUCUGCUUCACACCUUCUCUUCUCAUGACUCAAGCAACCUUUCCUUCCCCAGAUUGGAUAAUAGAUGCCUUUUACCUUUUUCAGCCUUUCUCUAUCUAACUUUGGGUUUUGCUCAAAAACAAACACUUUUGUGAAAUCACAUUAAUAUACAAAGUGAAAGAGUACUGAUUAACUUAA